AUGCAUUUAUUGUGCUUUCUCUCUCUCUUUGCUCAUCCUUCCUCCCAUCUUCCUCUCUACUGAUGACACUGUUGAGUUCACUGCUGAAUUUCUACACAUUGUCCCUCUGAGAUCCAAUACUAACCCCCCCUUCUCAUUGACCCAAACAUCCCGUGUAUUGUUCAUCACAUUUCCCGUCUUUUUCAGGGUCUUAAACCAGAGCUGAGGAUUUUCUUUUUACAGUACAAAUUAAGGUGAGGAUGAGUUGAUUCUGGGGCACACGCAGUAAGCAUCAUGUUGAUUUUAGUUGAUGAAUGAUGGAUUUUGGGAGUUUCGUCUGAUUGGAGGUGUUUGUGUUGAUAAAAAUUGGGUCUUGGGUGGAAUUUUUGUUGAGGAGAUGUUGGGGCACGAACUUUGCUCUUCUCGGGUUCUCUUGCCUUUCCGGGAGGAAAGUGGUGAUGAGGAGCUUUCAGUUCUUCCCAGGCACACCAAAGUUGUUGUCACUGGGAACAACAGAACAAAGUCUGUGCUGGUGGGCUUGCAAGGCGUGGUCAAGAAGGCUGUUGGCCUUGGUGGUUGGCAUUGGCUCGUAAAAAUCCUCCUUUUCUUCAGAAUCAUCAAUCAUCCUUUUUUGAUCUUUUGAAAUCAUUUCUUAGGAAUUCCACCUUAAUCAUUGAGAAUCUUGUUACAUGAAUAAUAAUUUUGUCCAAGUUAAUUAGUCAAAUCACUGAUUCAUUGAUAAUGGUCUAUUCUAUUGUGUAUCACAAGGUUCUGAAGAAUGGAGCUGAAGUUAAGCUGCAAAGGAAUGCAUUGAGUGUGCUGGAACAUCCCACCGGGAAUGAAAUAGACAAGGAUCAUGACUUUGAUAACUCAAGCAGUGGAUCUGAACUUGGCAAAAAGGAUCAGGAUUUUUCUAGUAGUAUUGAAUUCCACAGACCUAGCAAGCCAAGAGUUCGGCAAACGAGGCCAUCAGUUCCAUCUGCAUCAGUAAAACCAAUGAAUCGCAGCAAUUACAGAGAUGUCCAAUCCAUUAUUCAUGCACCCCAACUGAAGGUAAACUUGGCAAGAUUAGACACGGACGCAUGCUGGAGAUAUUGCAGACACUUUCACAUUGGCGGUAUCAAAUCCGAUUCAUCAAGGGAACAACUAAUCAACACCGUGCAGCGGCACUUUGCCACACAGCCACCAUUGAACGAGGGACAAGUGAUUUCAGAAUUCAUUGGUGCUGCCAAGAGACAUAAAAGGGUUGACACACGCUUGGAGUGAUGAUCUCUUGAGGUUCAACACCAUGUACAAGUAGAUACGUAGUAAGCUCUAACCUUUAGAUAAGAUCUAAUUACAGACUAAUUGAGAAGGGUGGUUGAUUGACGAACUCCGAUCUCUUCCCCAGAUCCUAACAUUGUAAUAUAUAACCGGUAUAUAUAUAUAUAUAUAUCCUUAUUAGAUGCCUAACUUGUCACUACUAUAUCUAUACCAUCCCAUAAUUCAUCCACGGAACUCUCCAUUUCGUUUAAAUGUUUUGAAUUUUCUGAGAUGCUUUCAUUAUAAGAUGUUUAUGGAUGGAUAGAAAACAUGGUGGCAUUUGGUGUUACAGGGAUAUGUGCAACAGUAAUAAUGUGCAUUUUGGUAC